AGGCAAAUUGCGGGAUGUUUAUUGCCAUUUGCAAGCAAAAAUAGCAAGGCCGUGUUUGUAGAGAUUAUUUUGCCUGAGUUUAUUACACCUUCCUUUUUUUGUUCCUCUUUCAAGUCUGCCUUGUCUGUAUAUGCAGAGCUAAAGCCCUCCUCUCCUCCUUUUGGUGCAAACAACUCAACUCUCUCCGGCCCCUUAAUUCUUUUCACAAGAUUCAACAUUUUUCAAUCUCUUGUUUCCCGUGACUCUCUCUCCCUCUCUCUCUCUCUCUCUCCCUCCCUCCCAUUAUAAUAACAACCAUCACCUCCCUCUUUACUAAAUAAAACUUAAUUCUUCUGGAAUACAAAGCUCCAAUCUUCAACUUGUUGGCAAGUAUCUCAGGUGGUUACUAAACUUUAGACGAAACUCAGCAAAAACCAUUUUCAACUGCAAGAACGCAACUGUUCCUGUUUCUGCAAGAUAAGGGUGUCGUCGGAUAGAUAUCUGCUUGCAUUUACUUAAAAUGAAGAAAGAAUCACAUAACACAUCAGAGAUGCAACACUCAACUCAUGUAUCACAUGAUUCUCAAAGUGGCCAACAACAUAAUCCAGUGGAGGCUCCUGCAGCAGAUUCCGGCUCAGUUUCUAUAUCGAGUAAUGACAACAGAAGAGUUACUCGUGAGGAUAUAGAACUUGUUCAAAAUUUGAUCGAACGGUGUCUGCAAUUAUAUAUGAACCGAGAUGAGGUUGUAAAGACUUUAUUGAAUCGUGCAAGGAUAGAUCCUGGAUUUACAACUUUAGUUUGGCAGAAGUUGGAAGAGGAAAAUGCUGAUUUUUUCAGGGCUUAUUACAUAAGGCUUAAGCUGAAGAAACAAAUUACUUUAUUCAACCAUUUGCUGGAGCAUCAAUUUCAUAUUAUGAAGUAUUCUAUGCCACCAGAAGUUUCUCUUGCUCCUAUACAGAAUGGCAUUCAUCCCAUGCCAGUUAACAAUUUACCAAUGGGAUACCCUGUCCUACAUCAACAUCCAAUUCCUGGUUCUGGUCAGCAUCAUCUCGACGCCAUGGAAAUGUCUGCUUGUCAUGUGGCCAAUGGGGUACCUGCACCUGGGAACUUCCAUCCUAUGCGGAUGAAUUCUGGGAACAAUAUGGUGUUGGGGAACAGUGCUGCUGAUAAUACACCAGGUAUACCACCUCAGAGUGCCAUGUCAUCCUUGUCAGAAAUGGCUGUUAGUCCGACCUCAGUAGCGUCCAGUGGUCAUUUUCCCUUCACAGCCUCUGAAAUAUCAGGAAUGGGUGUAGAUACAUCAGCGCUUGAUUCUGCAUUUACGUCAGACGUGGCAAAUUCAGUAGGAUUGCAACUUGCACAGGAUAAUGGGGAAGGGAAUUCUAGAGACUCACUGAGAUCUUUGGCUCAGAUCCCUUGGAGUUUUAGCCUUUCAGAUUUAACAGCAGAUUUAUCAAACUUGGGAGACCUAGGAGCUCUUGGGAAUUAUCCGGGGUCCCCUUUCUUGCCCUCUGAUUCGGAUAUAUUACUUGAUUCUGCUGAACAAGAUGAUAUAGAGGAGUUCUUGGUUGAUUCUAUUCCCGGCCCACCAGCCCAAUCUGAUGACGAGAAGUCUUAGUUGAUUGUGACAGGUUCUAUCUAUUUUGUUGAACAGAUAAGAUAGGGUAUACAUUGGUGUACAAUGAAAGAUAAAAGAAGGAACUGAAGUAUUUAGAUAUUUUGCUAUUUACCUCUGGGUCUUGUAAACUUUUAGUUGUUGAGAGAUGAUAGCAAAUGUAGCUGGAUGUUUGUUUUUUA